AUGGGCCAUCCCAAGGAUAAGGGGCCGCAGCCGCGCCCGUCGAGCGACCUCAGCAGCAUGGAAAGGAUGAGUCAGCCCAUGCCGGCCAAUACCGAGACAUCUGAGCGUCCACGGUCGACCUCACUACAGCGACGAGACGCCGUUAGAGGCACCGCCGGAACAGAGCAUAAAGAACUGCCAAACCUGCCAACAGCGCCUGAUACCGGCUCCUCCACCACUGCUCCCAUAAAAAUACCAGGAACGUCCCGACAAGACUGGCGCAGAUCAACGCUCCACAAUGAGCAUCAGCUGGAUAUGCAGCCGGCGCGAUACCAUGAGCAUGUUCAGACUGAACGGCUUGACGUGUUCAAUUUGGACCCUCCUACAUACUCCUGGCGCCGCAGCCCUGCUCCAGAUGACAUGGAAGGUCUAUCUCGCUAUCCUAGCGAUCCCAAGACAUUCGACAAGAUGUGUCGGGUAUACGCUGAUGCAGUUGCGAUUGAACGUGCCGCUGAUCGAAUCAUUGCCACCUCCGAGCGCUGGCCCACCGAGCUCUUCAAGAGAGACUACGCCCAGCGUAUGAGUGCGACGGUGGUGGCUGCAAUGUGUAUCAAAGAUGAUCUGGAAGACCAUCCGCUGGCACGGAAGUAUAAGAAGGAGGGGAGAGAUAUCAGAGCGGCGGGGCCGGAGGAGGUCGAAGCAAACAUUGGACGAGCAGGAGUUGCUUUUGCUGAUCCGAUGGCCGGCGUGCAUGGAAUGCGUGAUCUGAGUCCGGAGUGA